AUGCGCGCUUGGGAUAUUCAAAUCUUCCUCGUGGGCCCAGAUGGCGAAGACAUGCCAGCGAACUGCUUCGAGAAGGCGACAUAUCUCCUGCACGAAUCCUUCGGAAAGAGAGCGAAGCAAUCUUUCAAGCAGCCGCCAUUCACGAUCCGAGAGAAGGGAUGGGGAGAGUUCGACAUGCAGAUCAUACUCACACCAGUCGGCGCGCCGAAAGGCGGUGAUCAGACACUGUCCCAUGAUCUCAAUUUCCAAAAUGAGCGAUACGAGAGCACACACUCAGUGACCUUCCGCAAUCCCAAGCCAGAGCUCCUCGAACGCCUGAAGGAAUCCGGACCAGCCGGAGAAGCAGUCAACGGCGCUCCAGCAGCAAAGCCCGAGAAGAAGCGUCAAAAGGCCAACCGCAACAUGGUCCAUGACAACAAGUCGGAGGAGACCUACACUAAGAACGAUGUUGAGAACGGCGAAUUCCACGUCGACCUGUACACCCUUCCAGACCAACUCAUCAAGAUGCUCUGGGAUUUCACCGAGAAGCGCGUCGACAUGAGCACAGUGGCAUAG